GAAAGAUGAGAGAUUCGAAAAGAAUCAAAGAAGACAUUACAGCAGUCAUCGACCACAUCAAGACACGAGUGGACAAAGCCAUACUACUAACACUUCCGCCAUGCCCACUUGUCUCUAAAACAUCGAGGGCAUGGCACACGCUUCACGCAGUCAACACACAUUUACAGACACUACAGUGUGAUGACAUUCAGCUCAUACAUGUACACAAGAUAUUCAUAAAGGGUCCCAGAAAGCCGAAUUAUGGCAUGUACGAGAGGAGGUACAGACGUCGGGGCAACGAGGCAGCACCAAGGACUGACCUUGUGCAUUGGAAUAGGAAGGGCAUGGAUGCGGUUCACAAGGCCAUAAAAGAUCAUCUGGGAAUGUAAUCACCAAGAUGCAAAUUCUUUUACCCACUUUGCAAUGCCAUUGUUAGAGAGUGAUUUUCUACUGGUUUUCGUUAGAAUGAAUAUUCGCUUUACUGCUACCGUUUCAUUCUCAGUAGGCAAAUAAUUCGUACAGGCAGCAUAAUGGUAAAUGACCACAUACCAGAUGAACCCAAUGAAUCAGGAGCCAACACAGGUGACUGAGAGCAAAUGUCGGCACCUCCAAGUGCUGUAAAGGAAAAAAAAAACACUUAAA